AUUGUGCAGUCCAUCUGCUCAAAUGCCUUAGAUUCAAUCUCCCAGUACACUGGUUCAGACUGGGAAUCUCUGGCAAUUUCAAAGUUCAACAAGGAAAUAGAACAAGAAGCAUUUCUGGGUUUUGGAAGAUGGAAGUAGUAGAUCAUAAAACACAUAGCUUGGAGAAUGGAAAAGCAGCUGAAGAAGAAGAAGUAGUAGAUGAGAAUGCAAAUGUUUUACAAUUUACGGAUUCAAUGGACGCUUAUCUCACCCUCACCCAUUCUUUAUCUUCCACACUUCGCCAGGGAUGGUUUGAACUAGCAAGUGCUCGACAUUCCAUGGGUACUUAUCGUGUGAACACUUUCUUGUUAGACCAUACAUCUCAUCCUACUGCUACAUCAUUGUUUGUAGAUGAGGGAAAAGAACCGCAUUUUACUUUAUGUAAAUGGGGAUCUUAUGGUAAUGAGAGGUUGUUGGGAGAGGAACAAUCUAGCCAGGACAAAUCGCAUCCACAGCUACGACACAGGGGCGCUACCCAGCUUUCUGAGGAGAAGACCUCGUCGGAGAAUAAAGCUUCGUGUGAAAUUGACAACCCGGUUCAAAAGGAGAGAUCUAAGUCGCUGUCAGUAUUUGGAACUCUUGUUUCUCCAAAGCUCCGAGCCGCUCAGCUAUCAUUUGAAACAGCACUAGAUACAAUUGUAGAGAUAGCAAACACGCGCUCGGAAAUGCUCUGUGCUUUCGAUAAACUCAGCAAGAAAUCGGGAGCCUGUAAGGAUGAAAAAUAGUUGUCUCAUUCCGGUAACUCUGCACAAUGCGUACCCCCAUUUAUGUUAUCCCUGCUAUGCUUUUCCUCUCUUCUGAACUCAGUAACUCGGACAUAUGUGUUGAUAUUCCAA